AAGUGCAUUGUGUUGUGUCUUUAUCUUAGGGAAGGAAAAUCCAGAUCAAGUUUUGUUUUUUUGGUGUUUUGAGAUUCAAGUCAUGAAUCCUCAAGGAAGAGGGAAAGAUGAUUUUGUUGGAGCAAGCUUAUCUUUUGCUGAAGUGGCUUCAUCUAUGGGUGCUCCUCAACCAAUGGAGGGACUCCAUGAUGCAGGUCCUCCUCCUUUCCUCAUAAAAACCUAUGAUAUUGUUGAAGAUUCAACCACAAAUCACAUAGUUUCUUGGAGCAGAGGCAAUAAUAGUUUCAUUAUAUGGGAUCCCCAGACCUUUGCCAUGAGUCUUCUCCCUAGAUACUUCAAGCACAGCAAUUUCUCCAGCUUUGUCCGGCAGCUCAAUACCUAUGGAUUUAGAAAGGUUGAUCCAGAUAGAUGGGAGUUUGCCAAUGAAGGGUUUCUCAGAGGGCAAAGGCACCUUCUUAAGAAUAUUAGGAGGAGAAAGACACCUUCACCUCAAGCUUCACAGCAAGCUCUAGAUUCUUGUGUUGAAAUUGGGAGGUUUGGGGUGGAUAGAGAAAUUGAUAGGCUAAGGCGUGACAAGCAGGUUUUGAUGCUGGAGUUGAUCAAACUGAGGCAGCAACAGCAAAACACUAGAACCUUCAUUCAACUGAUGGAAGAAAAAUUGAAACAAACAGAGAUGAAACAGCGGAAUACGAUCAGUUUCUUGGCAAGAGCAUUGCAGAAACCAACUUUUCUGCAUAAACUAGUCCAACAAAAAGAUAAGAUGAAAGAACUGGAGGAAGCAAUCAGUAAGAAGCGGAGGCGGCAUAUCAAUCAAGGGCCUACUAAUUUUGAAGUUGGUGAAUUAGGCGAGGGUGUCUUAGGAGGAACCUUUGUCAAGAUUGAACCAGAGGAAUAUGGCAGUGACAUUGCGGAUUUACAGGUUUUGGAAUUGGAACUUGCUAUGGAUAUGCAAGGACAGUUUCUCGACCAGAAUACCCUAGAGGAAGAAAGCGUGGAGAGAAGUGAUGAAAUAGGAAAUAAAGGUAAGGAGCUUGAUGAGAGGUUCUGGGAAGAUCUAUUAAUGAAUGAUGAUAUUGAUGAAGAGGCAACUGUUUUGGGUGUUGGAGAUGAAGAUGAUGAAGAAGAAGAUAUAGAUGUUUUGGUUAAGCAGCUAGAUUACUCGGGUUCUAUUCCAAAGUAGAGAAGCCAAAUUAACUUGGCUUCCUGAUAAUGAGAGGGCAAUGUAAGAGAAAUAUCUAGCUAUCUGUCUGGUUUCUUUGUUUUCAGAAGGUGCUCCUCAACCCUGUAAAUGUUCAGAAGGAUAUGUAUUUAUAUUUCUUGGGAUUUGUAGGAGGGAAUUAAUUAAUGCUUGUACGCUAAUAUUGAAAAAAUUUACAAACCAGGUGUACCUGCAAAAACACUCAUUUUUUUCCCUGUGAUUUUUACAGAC